AUGGACUCAUUCGAGACCAGCUCGCAGUUUCGGCAAAUCCUUCGCACACUCCUUCCACAGUCGCCGGUUGUACUCAAAGCAGUCCAUUUCGCUCUCCGAAAUUGCAGUAGCGAGGAUUAUCUUUACUAUUCCAUUAUAGACAUCCUCGACGAUGUGUCUGUGGAGCUCAAUACAAAAACAACGAUUUUUCAAUUCAUAGACGUCCUUAUCCGUGAGUCGUUUUUCAUUUCUCAACAGGUCAACUCAGCAUACAACUACCCAUAUGUUCAUAAUCUCAAGACAGCACUCCCGAAAAUGAUGGAGAAGCUUCUUCCACAGACUAACAACGUCAACCUCCAUUGCAUCUACACAAAUCUAAAGAAUAUUUCCGAGACUCUUAAUGUCAACUACUCCGAUCUUAAUCGUCAGUAUAAAGAUCUCAAUUCCAUUCUUUCCGCUGAGGACAUAGAAAACGUCGCUCUCAAUAUCCCAUUUCCGCAGGUGAGCUUCGAAAACAUCUCUUUGGAGUCGAAGGAUCCAGUCAUACAAGCCUGGGAAAUUCUAUUGCAUAAAAGAAAAGAGAGUCAUUACGAGAGACUCCGGCUCUUAAAGAAUCUGCCUCCCAGAGACGGUGUCUUAACAGAAGAUGACAUGUUUGCCAUUCGUAAUCCUAGAACUGCAGAGCUCCAUAAGAAAAACAACGAUCAGUUGUUUACCAAGAAGCAAAUCGUAGCUAGGAUGGAAGAUGAAAGAGAGUCCCAGAAAAGGUCUAGGGAGUCGCUUUGGGUCGUCAGCCGUCCUUCAGGUUCCAGCUUCGUCACAGAAGAAGAGUUUCUCAACUACUACUGGAAGCGUAUAGGUGAAAUAACUCCUGACCAGAAAGACGACUUCAUGGCCGCACUUGAUGAUCUCAACACUCUUGCCAAAUUGAGUUACAAAGAUAAUCAAUUUUAA